AUGCCGUCUUUCCUCGACCUACCGCCCGAGAUUCGUCUGAUCAUUUACGCCUACUCACUAAACCCGAAUGAAUAUGUCUGUGGGUAUCGCCAAAUAGAGCUUCUGGCCGCCGCCGAAAUGGACCGUGCUCGCGGUCCUGUAUGCUCCUACCCACGACCUUACAUAGAGCGACGUACGCCAACCAUUCUCCUGAUCAACAGACAGAUCACUGCGGAAGCGCUUGAGGUUCUCUACAAAAUACCCCUCAACCUCUAUGAGACGCCACCAACGUAUUUCGUUAUGCGAAACAUGGAUAUAACCGAGUUCAUCAGCGAGAAUCUGCUUCAGAAAAUCCACCAUGGCAUUCUGAGAAUGGACCAUGCCCAAAAGUUCCAUAUUCUGACUUUAUUGGACAUAUGGGGUCAGAGUAAUAGUCUCCAAUCACUGCAUGUAUAUUGUUCAAAGCCUUCGCCGAUUCCCAGGGGUCAUUGGAAGAUUGUCAAACAAAGGCUUCGGACAUUUUCAAAUACUGUACCGGUCAUAUUCCAUCGAGUCGAAGACCCGCUCAGAGCAGAUAACUACGAGACAACGAACCCUCCGACCAACUGGGGUAAACCACCUCGUAUCGGGCCCCCAACAAGUCCCACUUAG